GCGCCCGAAGGGGCGGGCCGCAGGGUGGCUGCGCGGCCGUGUCGGCUUUGGGGAGGUGAGAGGCGCGGCUGUCGCAGCGGGAUGCACGUGAGGCCCCGUGGGCGCCGCUCGAGCCGGAAUCGUGCGGCAGGAUGAGGUCCUCGCGGGCCGCAGGGAGCUCUCCGGCCGCUCCUCGCCCCGGCUCUGUGGGGGCGGCCCACUCGGCCCGGUUGGAUUCGGUGUGCCUUGGCCGCUGCUCGGGGCUCGGCCUGAGGCUUUGACCGCUGGCCGGAGAAGCGUGCUCGCCGCUGAGCGGCUCGGGCUGCUCGGCUCUCGUUUGCCGCCGGGUUGUCCCGGGCGUGGUUUGCGGCCCGGUGCGGCGGCCGCCUCCUGCGUGUCCGCGGUGGCGCCGGGACGUGUUGCCCAGCGCUUGACCGGCCAACGCCCUGUCACGGACGGCCCUUCUCGAGGCUCGCAAUUCCCGUGCUCUACGCUGACGCAGGCCCCCCUCGCCUCUUACAGCACCGCUGCCCGUCCCCGAGCUGCCGUCUCCCGCUUGCAGCCCGUGGUGGUACAGCGCAGCGUGCUGUGGGAACGCCAGCUCUGCUUCUUGCUGCUGGGUCUGCAGUAGGACACCGUAGCUUGUUUUGCAAACCUGUCAGGAUAGGAGGAGAAUUUGAUAAAACCGCUUGAAAUUAAAAUGGUGUCCUAUCUAGUGUGCAUUGCCAUUGCCCAUACGAUAAUAUUGAUGUUAACAUUGAGAUUUCCUUCUCUUAGAUGUCCAGUUUCACACUGAAAUAUCUUUCCUGUGCUUAAAGAGAAAAACGUGCAUCUCUAAGCUCGUGUUUCCAUGGUAUGGGUCCUUCAUCUUCCUGAGACGUUGGCACUCUCUGUGUUGCUUGAGGAGAAUGCCUUAAGAAGAAAACUAUGGAUAAAUACAUUAAAGUGCAAAAAAUUGGAGAAGGAUCCUUUGGGAAAGCGUUUCUUGUUAAAGAUAAAGAAAAUAGCCAGCAGUAUGUUAUUAAAGAAAUUAACAUCUCUAAGAUGUCAAAUAAAGAGAGAGAAGAAUCAAGGAGAGAAGUUGCUGUACUGGCCAACAUGAAACAUCCAAAUAUUGUCCUGUAUAGGGAGUCGUUUGAAGAAAAUGGUUGUCUCUACAUAGUGAUGGAUUACUGUGAAGGAGGAGAUCUGUUCAAAAAAAUAAAUGCCCAGAAAGGAGUCCUGUUCUCUGAGGAUCAGAUUCUGGAUUGGUUUGUACAGAUCUGUUUGGCACUGAAACAUAUACAUGAUAGAAAAAUCUUACAUCGCGACAUAAAGUCACAGAAUAUAUUUUUAACCAAAGAUGGAACAAUACAGCUGGGAGAUUUUGGAAUCGCGAGAGUUCUGAACAGUACUGUGGAAUUGGCUCGCACUUGCAUAGGAACACCAUACUAUUUAUCACCUGAAAUAUGCCAGAACAGGCCUUACAACAAUAAAAGUGAUAUCUGGGCCCUUGGUUGCGUUCUCUAUGAAAUGUGCACACUUAAGCAUGCAUUUGAAGCUGGUAACAUGAAGAACUUGGUACUGAAGAUAAUCUCUGGAUCUUUCCCUCCUGUUUCUGUGCAUUAUUCCUAUGACCUACGUAAUCUACUGUCACAGUUAUUUAAAAGGAAUCCUAGGGAUAGACCAUCAGUGAACUCCAUAUUGGAGAAAAAUUUCAUAGCCAAACGGGUUGAAAAAUUUCUCACACCGCAGCUUAUUGCAGAAGAAUUCAGUCACAAAGUGUUUCACAAGUUUGGACCACAUGCUGGACCAGCUAAAAGACCAGCUCAAGGACAUAUCUCGGCUUCAAUUGCACCAGUGCAGAAAAUUACCAAACCUGCUGCAAAAUACGGAGUGCCUUUAGCGAUGAAGAAGUGUUAUGACGCACCCAAAAAGCUUCAUGAGAAAAAGUCAUUGAUUAAACUUAGGCAGGCCUUUCCAACUCCAAAGAAGAAAAUUAUUCCAGGAGAAGAAAGGAGGAAAAUGUUUGAGGAACCUUCAAAAAAGAAAAGGUUAGAAUUGCCUGAAAAAGAAAAACGCCAGAGAGAUCAGAUCAGUUUACUGAAGGCAGAGGAAAUGAGAAGAUUGGAAAAAGAAAGGAUGGAACGAAUAAACAGAGCCAGGGAGCAAGGAUGGAGGAAUGUGCUUGGUUCAGGUGGAAGUGGUGAUGUUAAGGCACCAUAUUAUGGCGGUGGAGGUGGUGUUGGUCCUUUUCCUGCCUCUUUCAGAGGACAGUAUGAGCACUAUCAUGCUAUUUUUGACCAGAUGCAAAAGGAAACCUUCAAAGUAACUAAAGAGAGGCAAGCCAAAUGGAGGGCGGAGGUACAAGGCCAAGAAGCUGUUGAGAGAGGAAUUCCACCUGGAGUACGUCCAGGAGUUCCUAAGGGGCCUGCAGGUCAUCACCAUUUACCUGAUGCUGAUGCAAUUAGGAAAAAAGUGAAAAGGUUGAAGGAGGUGUCUAAACAAGCCAGUGCAAACAGGCAGAAAGGAUGGCUACCUGCAGAAAGAGCAAAGCAAGUUGAAGAAUUCUGGCAACGAAAGAGGGAAGCCAUGCAAAACAAAGCUCGUGCUGAGGGACACAUGGGUACACUGCAAAACGUGGCAGAUAUCUAUGGAGGCAGGCCCAUGUCUGCAAGAGGAAGGAAAUCCAGAAACAAGGAAGAAGAGGAAUAUUUGGCAAGAUUAAGACAGAUACGACUACAAAACUUCAAUGAGCGUCAACAGAUUAAAGCAAAACUUCGUGGAGAGAAGAAUGAAGCUCCCAGUUCUGAUGGACAAGAGUCAAGUGAGGAAGCAGAAAUGAAACGCAAAAAGAUAGAAGCACAGAAGGCCCAAGCAAAUGCUCGAGCUGCAGUUCUGAAAGAACAGUUAGAGCGAAAGAGGAAGGAGGCAUAUGAAAGAGAGAAAAGAGCUUGGGAAGAACAUCUGAUAGCAAAAGGAGUGAAGAAUCCUAAUGUGCCUUUUCAUGUGGGAGCAGCAGGACACACUCCUGUGCAUGGAAUACAAGAGCCUGGAGUGUCUCCUCCUAAGCAACAGCUUCCAGUUAAGCCCAUCUCCAUGACUUCUGCUUUGAAAGAAGUUGGCGUGGAUGGAAAUGUAACCGCUGCCCAGGAGGUUAAAGAGGAAAUAAAAAAGCCAGAUCUUACAAUGCAGAACAAGAGGCAGAUACUGAAAAGAUUGAAUCAAAAUCUUAAAGCUCAGGAAGAUGAGAAAGGAAGAAAGGACGAUAAAAAUAUCUCUGAGUCAGAUGGGUCUGAAGAUGGUAAAGAAGAGCAAGAAGAUAACCAUCCACUUCUGGGAGAUCGCAAAAGAUGGGCAUCAAGGGCAUCAGAUUUGGUAGUUCCUUUAGCUCAGUUAUCAAUGGAAGAUUCUCUCUCUGGAACAGACCGGCAAACUAUGGGGGAAGUAAUCAGGCUAGAUAUUGGGGAACCCCGCAGGAAAGUCUGGGGCAAAAGCCCUACUGAUUCGGUCCUGAAGAUUCUAGGAGAAGCGGAGUUGCAGCUACCAACUGAAUUACUGGAAGAAAUAGAUGUAAUAAAUGAGCCUGAUGAUUUGGAAGCAGUGAUGUUGAAAGAAACAGAAGAAGAUAAAAAGCACCAGAGCAAGGAAUUUCCCAUUGCUGUUAAUGAAGUGUGGGUGAAAGAAAAACAGGAUGAGGCACAACAGGAUGCAAGAAAUGAAGCAGCUUUUGAGAAAGAAGUAGUGCUUGAUGAAGUGCAAUCACAAAAUGAAGCUCCAGAAGAAACUUGUUCCAGUGACUCUCUGCAACCUGAACCGUUAUUCCAGAGAGUAAUACAGCCCCCAGCUGUACCUACAGCCUCACCAGUUCUGUCAUCUCAGUCUUCCCAAGAAGAGCCUUUUGUACCUCGUUCACGUUCCAUAUCGCCAGCAAAAAAUAAAGGGAAAAGUUCAUUGUUUUUUGGACUUUCUACAGGUCUGUUUGAUGCAAACAACCCAAAGAUGUUGAGAACGUGUUCGCUCCCGGAUCUUUACAAACUGUACAGAACCUUAAUUGAUGUUCCCAGCAUAGCAGAUGUACAGCAUCAACACAGUCUUGAAAUAGAUGAUACGGAAGAUGAGCAAGCCAAAGAAGGACCCUCUGAUUCUGAGGAUAUCAUGUUUGGGGACGCCGAUACAGAUUUGCAGGAACUCCGGGCCUCAAUGGAACAAUUACUUAGGGAGCAGCCUAGUGAGGAAUUAAGUGAAGAGGAGGAAUCUACUUUAAAGGCUAACGUCAUCAAAUGCAUGACAAAUGGUACAGAGCUGGAUGAAGCAGAUGAAAAUAACCCCAGCAGUGAAAGUGCACUUAAUGAAGAAUGGCAGUCAGAUAAUAGCGAUGGAGAUAUUGCCAGUGAAUGUGAAGAAUGUGAUAGUGUCUUCAGCCAUUUGGAAGAGCUGAGAUACAACCUGGAACAGGAAAUAGGCUUUGAGAAAUUAAUUGAAGUUUAUAAUAAAAUAAAGGCCAUACAUGAAGAUGAAGAUGAAAAUAUUGAUAUUUGUUCAAGCAUAGUUCAGACUAUUCUGGGAAAUGAACACAAACACUUAUAUGCCAAAGUACUUCACCUGGUCAUGGCGGAUGGAGCCUACCAGGAAGAUAAUGACGAAUAAACCUGACUCAGGAAACUCCUCAGUGCUGCACUGCACAUCAGUGUUUGAAGUCUGCACAGCGGAGUAAUGGACUGUAGCUGAAAAUGUAACAUGGGGCAGGAGAAAGAAGAAUUGCAAAAAGAGCAGAGCGCUGGCUGUAUGAAACAGAGAGGAAAAAGAUGCCUUUUAAGCUAAGAUAUGUAUACACUUCUCUUGUGUCUUGCAUACGUGUUCAUUAAAUAGUAGAUGCCUAAAUUUGAAAAAAAAACAAACUAUAAUCUCUCAAAAAAAAAGAAGUAAGGAAUAAAUGUAGCUGUUCUGAUACAAAACCGAUACCUACAAGGUAAACCAGAGUUCUUGUUGUAUCAACAGCUGGAUGAUGGGGUUAUGGAGCUGGAAGGAUUACCGUGUUGCGAAAGUAGCCAUCUCUAGCUGUUCAUUUACAUACUUAAAGUAGUCCUUCUUUACACCUACAUAAAGAAAGUGCUCAUUUUUAUUGACCCUUGUGUUUGUAUUUUAAUAGCAUCUUAAUCUGGUGGUCCACUUUGAGUAUUUCACUUUUUUCUUAAUAAAAUGUAUUUUGAAGCUAAA